AAAGAGGAAAAAAAAAAAAAAAAAGGCAAUUCCCAUCUCGCGAAAAGAAAGAAUAUUUUUUUGUGCUCAACAGCUUCUUUUGUCAAACUCAAAACCCUCCUCUCUCUCUCUCUCUCUCUCUCUCUCUCUGUCUCUCUACCCUUUUGUUUUAAUUUUCCGUACAACUAUUUCUCUCUCCGCAAUUUUCAAUCUUUUCCAAUUUUUUUUUUUAAAUUUUUUUUGUUUCUCGUGGAGCUCCCUUCAGUCACAUAAUUCAUUUAUAUAGUAAAUAAUUUAUAAUAUAAUUUUUUUUUGUGUAUAAUCUCUUUCGCUCUCUCUCUUGCCCAAGUUCCCUUUUGAUUUUGCAAACAAUUUCUCCUCCUGGUUUUGGUUUUGGUUGUUUAUUUAUUUAUUUUUUUGUGGUCUUUCAUUAUCUUCUAUGGUUUUUGGCGGGAACCAACGGAGUUGGAUAAGCUGAGAAUUUCGUGUUUGGUGUUGGAAAUUUUGAAUUGGAGGAGUUGCUGAUUGGUUUGAUGGCGAACCCGUCUGGUAACCAUCAAGAGCCGAGCCAUGCCGCUUCUUCCUUCAACGGAGGGAACCCCAAUAACGGGAAUUCGGCGCCGGUGGCGGGGCCGGAGAGUUCCGGUGCGGCCAUGACCAUGAAGCACAACCCUGGAAUCUCCAUGGAUUGGACCCCGGAAGAACAAGCAAUUCUUGAAGAAGGGCUCGCCAAACAUUCCUCAGAGUCAAACAUAAUCCGGUAUGCUAAGAUAGCUAUGCAGCUACAAAAUAAGACUGUCCGGGAUGUGGCAUUGCGUUGCAGAUGGAUGACUAAAAAGGAAAACAGCAAGAGAAGGAAGGAGGAACAUAAUUUGUCAAGGAAAAACAAAGAUAAGAAGGAAAGAGUCACUGAUUCUUCUACAAAGUCAUCUCACUUUGCUCCAAGGUCCAGUGUUCCUCCAUAUGCUCCACCAAUUAUCCCUAUGGACAGUGAUGAUGGCAUCUCAUACAAAGCCAUUGGUGGUGCUACGGGAGAGCUUCUGGAGCAAAAUGCUCAGGCUUUGACUCAAAUUUCCGCAAAUAUUGCUAAUUUUCAGAUACAGGACAACAUCAACCUCUUCUGCCAAGCUCGAGAUAGCAUCCUUAAGAUUAUGAAUGACUUGAAUGAUAUGCCAGAAGUAAUGAAGCAGAUGCCACCACUUCCGGUGAAACUGAAUGAAGAGUUAGCUAACACCAUCCUUCCCCGUACGAGCCAUUCAAUGCAAUCAUGAUGCAGCUUCUUCGUCUACUUUGAAGCUAUGAUUGAUUCUCAGAAACAUAAUCCAACCUCCAAUGCAACACCAUGAUCAUUAUCCUGGCUGGAACUUCUCAAAUUAGAUCCCAACCACAGAUUAGGAAGGGAAAAAAAAAAAAAAAAAAAAAAAAAAUCCUGUCCACAGAGUUGAACCAUCACCAUUCUCCAGUUCACAAAAUUAUCUUCAUGACCCCCAAUUGUUUCAUCAUACAGAUGCCAGCCUUCUUUUCCGUCUCUUAUCUUUUUUCUAUUUUUCCUCCCUUUUUCUUUUUGUUUUUGGUGGUUUACCUUUCAUGUAUGCUUUUAUCGUUGAUUUGCAUAGUAGGCAAUGGCUUAGCUGUUUUCCGUAGAAAGUAGGCAAGAAAAUUUGUUUAUAUAUAUAUAUAUAUAUAUAUAUAUUGAAUAAUAAUUAGGGAAUGAAGAGUAAUUAUUAUUAAUAAGUACUUCAAAACUCAUUUCUAUAAUUAUGUUGGUUGUAAUUGGUGCUUCUAACCUUAAUAUGUGAAUAUUGUAAUUUGCAAUUAGAUGAUUGGUUUUAGAAUUUUUGAGGUUCUGUUGGUCAAA